CUCUUGCUCCGCCCCCAAGCUGCCCGCUCAGCCGCCUUAUAGUGUACUUGCCGGCCGCUUAGACUUGGAACGUGCGCGGGACAGAUAACCGAGUGGAGUUAGAACCAUGUCUGGCUGUCAAGCUCAAGGAGACUGUUGCUCGCGACAGUGUGGCACACAGGAUAAGGAGCAUCCCCGGUUCCUGAUCCCAGAGCUUUGCAGACAGUUCUACCAUCUGGGCUGGGUCACUGGCACUGGAGGGGGAAUCAGCUUGAAGCAUGGCAAUGAAAUCUACAUUGCUCCCUCAGGCGUGCAAAAGGAGCGCAUUCAGCCAGAAGACAUGUUUGUUUGUGACAUCAAUGAGCAGGACAUAAGUGGGCCUCCAGCUUCUAAGAAGCUUAAGAAAAGCCAGUGUACGCCUCUUUUCAUGAAUGCUUAUACCAUGAGAGGAGCAGGCGCGGUGAUUCAUACCCACUCGAAAGCUGCCGUGAUGGCUACCCUUCUGUUUCCAGGACGGGAGUUUAAAAUUACACAUCAAGAGAUGAUCAAAGGAAUAAGGAAAUGUACCUCAGGAGGGUAUUACAGAUAUGAUGAUGUGUUAGUGGUACCCAUUAUUGAGAACACUCCUGAAGAGAAGGACCUCAAAGAACGGAUGGCCCGUGCCAUGAAUGAGUACCCAGACUCCUGUGCGGUUCUUGUCAGGCGUCAUGGGGUAUACGUGUGGGGAGAAACAUGGGAGAAAGCAAAAACCAUGUGUGAGUGUUAUGACUACCUGUUUGACAUUGCUGUCUCCAUGAAGAAGAUGGGACUGGAUCCAACGCAGCUCCCAGUUGGAGAAAAUGGAAUUUUGUAAGCCAAGUGGACACCCAAGUAUCUCCAACAAUAAAACAAACUCCGUUAUCCCUUAAAUAAAACUCAGAUGCUUUUAAAUGA